CUUAAAGCUGAAAACAGAGAGAGACUGAAGAGAGAAAAUGGUAGGAAGAAGAGGAAGCCCUUUGUUGAGAUGGAGUACCAAACACGGAAACGUCAGCCAUGGCUUCUCGCAGUCUGACCUCCAAGCCCUCUCUGCCAUUUGCGAGGCUAUUUUGCCUCCUGUUCCACUACAGAGCUUAGAUCUUGAUAUGAAGUUGAAGGUUUUACGCAGUGAUGCACUCUUAUCUUUCUUUAAGUCUUCUCCUGGGUCUCAUAUUCGACCAGAUGAGGUCGCAGAGCUGCUGGCGACAAAGGCAAUACCAGUGACAGUUAAAGUGGUCAGAGUAGUUUUGAGAAUACUUACAUUCAGAUUGGGGACGUUGCUGCUCUGCGGGUUAGUCUCUCUUGAUAAGGAGAAUUGGCCUUUUCUUCUCAAAUUCUCUGAUAUCUCUCUUGAGAAGAGGGAGAAGGUUCUUCAGAGAUGGAACACACAGUGGUAUAACCCUUUAGCAAGACUCGGUUUUAUGAUGAUCAAAGCCAUCUUCUUAUUCUAUUACUUCACAUGGACCAAUGAAAAUACAGAAAACCCAGCAUGGGAUGCAAUUGGUUAUAGAGUGGACAUGGGUGAAAACGAGGGCAUGGAACACAAGGAAAGACCUCUAGAGAAAGGGAUCAUCGAGACUGCUGAAGUAGAUGAGAUGACCAUCAAGCAACGUAUGAUCAACAAAGGUCUUAAAGUCACAGAGGACAGAGAAAGUGACACUUACAAGAUCGAGUGUGAUGCAGUAAUUGUGGGUUCUGGCUGUGGUGGAGGAGUUGCAGCUGCAAACCUAGCAAAGUCAGGCCUUAAGGUUGUAGUUCUCGAGAAAGGGAACUACUUUGUACCCAGAGACUACUCGGCCCUUGAGGGUCCUUCCACGUUUGAGCUGUUUGAGUCCAAUAGCUUGUUGAUGACUCAUGAUGGGAGGUUCCGGUUCAUGGCAGGAUCAACUGUGGGUGGUGGCUCUGUGGUAAACUGGGCAGCAUCCUUAAACACACCUGAUGCUAUCAUAGAAGAAUGGUCAGUGCAGCGAGGGAUUGCGAUAUUUUCUAGUGAGAAAUAUAAGGCAGCGAUGGAUAGAGUCUGCAAGAGGAUAGGUGUCACUGAGAAAAUCAUCAGAGAAGGGUUUCAGAACACGAUUCUGCGGAAAGGUUGCGAGAAGCUUGGUUUGGAUGUGACAACAGUGCCAAGGAAUUCAACAGACAAACAUUAUUGCGGUAGUUGCUCGUUUGGCUGCCCAACUGGAGAGAAAAGAGGGACAGAUUCAACCUGGCUGGUUGAUGCAGUUAACAACAAUGCCGUGAUCCUAACACGGUGCAAGGCUGAAAAAGUGAUCUUGGCGGAUAACGAUGCUCACAAAAGAAAGGAGAGCGGAAGGAAAAAAAGAUGUUUGGGAGUUACAGCUUCUCUAUCCAACCGAACCAGAAAGAAGCUUGAGAUCAAUGCCAAAGUGACAAUCAUAGCUUGUGGCUCGCUUAAGACACCGGGGCUGUUGGCUUCGAGUGGGUUGAAGAAUCCAAACAUCGGGCGCGGUCUCCAUAUCCACCCUAUCCUGAUGGCUUGGGGCUACUUCCCGGAAAGAAAUUCAGACUUCAAAGGAGCGGCUCAUGAGGGAGAGAUAAUGACUUCGUUACACUAUGUACAUCCAAUGGACUCUACCACACCUAACAUCACACUAGAGACUCCUGCUAUAGGACCAGGUACGUUCGCAUCUCUCAUCCCCUGGGUCUCUGGGUCGGACAUUAAGGAGAGACUUGCCAAAUACACAAGAACAUCUCAUAUUUUUGUCAUGGUGAGAGAUGAAGGUGUGGGAGAGGUGAAGGGAGACAUUGUCAAAUACAGAUUAACCAAAGCAGACGAAGAGAAUCUGACCAUUGGGUUAAAGCAAGCACUGCAGAUCUUAGUUGCAGCAGGAGCAACGGAGGUGGGCACAUAUAGGAGCGAUGGGCAGAGAAUAAAAUGUGAUGGCAUCAAACGUGAAGAGCUAGAGGCCUUUUUACAUACAGUGAACGCGCCAGCCGGAGUUGUGUCGAUGAGUAAGCAUUGGACUCAUUCCUUUACAGCACAUCAGAUGGGAUGUUGCCGUAUGGGUGCUUCAGAAAAGGAAGGAGCCAUAGAUGGAAAAGGAGAGAGCUGGGAGGCAGAAGAUUUGUAUGUCUGUGAUGCAAGUGUUCUGCCUACAGCUCUUGGUGUUAAUCCUAUGAUCACCGUUCAGUCCACUGCUUACUGCAUAUCCAAUAGAAUAGCCGAGUUGAUGAAGAAGAAGAAGAAGGACUAA